CGCACAUAGAAUAAAGAAAAGAAGAAUCCCCACCUAUAAAUUCUGCACUUUAGAGAACAAAAAACCCUGAACUUCAAAAGGGCCACAAAUCAAGCCCUAAUCAAAGGGGUGUGAGAGAAAAGAGAGAGGGAGAGAGAGAGAGGGAGAGAGAGUGGGGAAAAAUAUAAUUCCUGACAUGAGUUCCUACGUAGCCAAUUCGUUCUAUAAGCAAAAUCCAAAUGUUCCAGCCUAUGCCAUGCAAAGUUAUGGGAAUUAUGGAUCUGUGUCUGAGGUUCAGCCAUCCAGGUAUUGCUACAGUGGGCUGGAUCUGAGCAUUACAUUCCCUGCAUCUGGGGCUUCCAACUCUCUCAACGGUGUGGACAUGUCUUCAACCCCCAGAACUAACCCCGACCGACCUUCCUGUACAGUUAUGGGAUCUUCAGGGCACACUGUAGGCAGAGACGACCAGGCUUCUCUAAACCCAGGAAUUUACAGUCAGAAAGCUGGUAACACUGCCACCACCGCCACCACCACCACGCCGAUGGAAGAUAGAUCUAAGAGCGGUGGGGACAUCAAGAGCGAGCCGGUGCACGCAGCCCAGCAAAGCGGGCAGCCCGUUCAGACGCAUCCGCCGCCGCCGCACCAGCCGCCUCCACAAAUAUACCCGUGGAUGACCAAACUACACAUGAGCCACGAAGCAGACGGCAAACGCUCCAGAACCAGCUACACCCGCUACCAAACUCUCGAACUCGAAAAAGAGUUCCAUUUUAACAGAUAUCUCACCCGCCGGAGGCGCAUAGAGAUUGCCAACAACCUGUGUUUGAAUGAAAGGCAAAUCAAAAUAUGGUUUCAAAACCGGCGGAUGAAAUGGAAGAAAGAUUCCAAAAUGAAAAGCAAAGAUGCCCUCUAGGUAGAAGUCUGGGAUGGGGGGGGGGGCGGCGGGG